AAACAGUGGAAAGGUAUUGGCGCGAUGUGUUGCGCGCGGCAUGGUGACGUUGCAAAGGAAGGCAGGGGAGGUAGCCUGCACGCGCAUGAGUUUCCAUCCAGCCUUUGUUCAGGAUAAAUUCCAAACCUGAGCUUCAGCCCAUCAACAUGUAACUUCUCUUCACUGGCUUGAAAAAAAGAAAAGAACAAAAAGAUGGAGCUGCAGGUGGAGAACCAAAGUCAGCCUUUCAACACCAACACUCUGCGGCUGCCAGCUAAACCCGUUUUGGGGAUGGGUGUGGAUAACUUUAUUUCUCUUCUGAUAUUUGCACUUAUUUUCAUCCUCGGCGUGCUGGGGAACACUAUGGUGAUCACGGUGCUGGCGCGCAGCAAACCGGGACAGCCGAGGAGCACCACCAACAUCUUCAUCCUCAACCUGAGCGUGGCGGACCUGUCCUACCUCCUCUUCUGCGUCCCCUUCCAGUCCACCAUCUACAUGCUGCCCACGUGGGUGCUGGGAGCGUUCAUCUGCAAGUUCAUCCACUACUUCUUCACCGUGUCCAUGCUGGUCAGCAUUUUCACGCUGUCGGCGAUGUCCGUGGACCGCUACGUGGCCAUCGUCCACGCCAGGAAGUCCUCGUCGAUCCGUGUCGGGAGGCACGCCAUUCUCGGGGUGGUGCUCAUCUGGAUCCUGUCCCUGGCCAUGGCUGCGCCCGUUGCGCACUACCAGAGCAUCGUGGAGAGGGAGGACAACAACACCUUCUGCUGGGAGGUCUGGCCGGACCACCAGAGGAAAGUCUACGUGAUGUGCACGUUUGUUUUCGGAUACGUCCUGCCUCUCACUUUGAUAUCGGUCUGCUAUGCAAAGGUUUUAAACCAUCUGCAUAAAAAGCUGAAGAAUGUCUCCAAAAAAUCAGAGAAGUCCAAAAAGAAGACCGCCCAGACGGUCCUGGUGGUGGUCGUGGUCUUCUGUCUGUCUUGGUUGCCUCACCACGUCGUCCACCUGUGGGUGGAGUUCGGCUCCUUCCCCCUGAACCAGGCCUCCUUCGUCUUCAGGAUGGUGGCUCACUGCUUGGCCUACAGCAACUCCUCCGUCAACCCCAUCAUCUACGCUUUCCUGUCUGAGAACUUCCGGAACUCCUACAAGCAGGUCUUCUGGUGCCGGGUGCCGAGCACUUGUCCCGUGAAAGACAGCAGGGGGCUGCGCAGAAGGAUGCCGCCCACCAACAUCAGUGUGACUCACAAAGGUCACGACUCCCCGAUCAGUAAAAUGCUUUGAUGUCGCCGCCGGUCUUGAGAGCAUCGUCUGUGUUCUGAAUAAAUACUGGAUUUUUGAGGCCAAUAUGUAUAUUGAGAUUUAAAAAAAAAAGAUAUUCAUUACCGAUAUGUUUUACAUUUCUUUUUAAUGUAUUGUAAACUGACCCUACGGAUCUUUAUCAAAGUCAUUAACAUGACCUUUUAUGGAUAAGCUACUCCUGACGUUUGCACCAUUAGCUGCUAGCCAACAGCUUAGCCGUCGCCAUGUUGAGAGCCAUGUGGAGGCAAUCCCUCAAUGCUCUGAAUUUGGAAUAUACACGUAUCAAUGUUUCUAAAUCUCUGUUUUUGAAAUUUCCUUCCAGAUCGGCAGACAAAAAUAUUGCUUUUCUACAACAAAGCAUCGACCAUAUGUUUGGGCUCAGAGGUGGAUCAUGGGUUAAGCAUGGAAAGUACGCAGCCAUUUUUAAACCAUUUUUGGAAAACAAAGCACAGACAGAUUUACAAAAGAAUCACCUGUUCAAUCUCACACCUAUGCAUUCAAUCAUUUUACCCUUUCAUGUGAGCCUAUUCAUCACAGCCACGAUGAACACAAAAGGCACCAUUCUCUUCCCAUAUGGGAGCAUGGUGAGCUCAGCCUCUGAUUGUUUGUGGUAUAGGCUGGGUACACACUGUAGGUUGGCACCAUACCAGAGAUCAUGAGGUUACAUGUAAAUAAUAAUGCAGCAUUUAAAUAACCAUUCUGUCUCCGAAGACAAAAAGGGGCGACGGGUAAAGAAAGCCCUUCGCUGGUUCACAUCUGAGCUACCAGAGGAACUGGGAGGUCGAGCUCAUCACAUUCUCAUUAGUAGUUUUCAGCAGAUUCCCUCCUGCUAGAGUCCAUGUCCGCAGGGAAAAGGAUUAGAACAAGUAGCUCAUUUCCUCCUAUUUCUCUUUAAUAUAACCCCACGGUCACACAUGCAGAUGCACACAUCACACCUGUUGUUUGCGUUUGAUUUUCCCCAGUUUUCAACUACUGGGAACCUCUGCGUCAGUGUCUGUACUAUAAAGUUAAUGUCACUGUGAAUGAUUUUGUCUUGUUAUUAUAUAAGCAAACGAAUGCUUAAAAGUAAGCCCAAAUAAAUAAGUAAACAAUGUGCAUGUGAAGAGAUGGAUACAAAGAGAUGAAUAAAUAAUAUUGCGAACAAAUCGAUUAUUUACUCAUGUUUUUAGAAAGAAAAGGCCCCUCUCAUACGUGCAUGGAGCACAGCUGUAAUCAGUUUUAGCAGAGCUGGCGUACCUGGCUCUCUGAUCUGCAAAAGGCAGCAUUUGAUUAAGAUGACUUUUGUAAACGGAUAGUGCUGCACGUUCCUCUCUAACCCCCUGCAGCCAUUUAAUAUAUGUUACAGCAGCCUGGCCUUUCACGCUGCCUCAGAAAGCAAAGAAAAGGGAUUUGCUUCUCAGUAUUACGACGUCAUGUAAAGCAUCGAAGGAUUUAAUGUCUGAAAAUAAGGUUUAUUGUAAAGAAACUGCACAUAAUGUCUGGUGAGGUGUCUCUUUCAUGACAUUGACAGUAACAGGUUUCAUAGAAAACAUAUGCGUCUCAUUUUGAUAUCCUGUGUUGCAUAAGACAGCCUGCUGUUAUAUAAAGAAGGCAAACGCUCCAAAUGACUUGUAAAUACUGGAGAGGAGCUGUCUGGUUCUUGUUUACAGUAAACUACUGAUACAAGCAGCAGGCACACGGCACAAACAUCUCCUUUAUUUGUUGUUUUCUUGUUUUUCUGUCAGGAAUUCAA